UGCCUCCUCCGCCUCCUUGGUUGUUGAGGUUGGCGGAUGCCUAAUUAUAUGCCCAAUCCUGCUUGCUUCGUUGGACCAUGGCCGCCCACGUCCACCCAAUCCCUCCACUGAGUAGUGAAUUGGACAAGAGAAACCUUUACGUCAUCAAUCCAAACGUGGAUCCUCCUCUGCCCACAUCCUGCCAAAGUGUUUUUGGGCAAUAAUCUUUAUUAAUAAUUUAAUGUUUUCUACAGCUGCCAAGGCCCGCAAGGUGUUCGGCAUUUGGCCAGUGUGCCCGCUGCCAAAAUCAUAAUUCUCAAUGCUUCUUCUUCGCGUUUAUAUAUCCGUCCGUCCGCCUAGCCCCUUGCUUUAAUCGACAAGAUAACAACCUUUUCUUCUAUUGUAAAAUGGGAAUUAGUGGGUGGCGCCGGGGAAAGCUUAUCGGUCGUGGCUCCUCCUCGGCCGUCUACAUCGCUACCCAUCUUUCCACAGGGCAAGUUUUCUCCGUCAAGUCGGCGUUGGCCGCUCACUCAGCCUCGCUGCAGAGGGAGCAGAGCCUACUCUCAUCCCUCGAUUCUCCUUAUUUAGUCGCUUGUCUUGGAUUCGAUAUCAGCUGGGAUUCACCCUCCAGCAGUCUCUACUACAACCUCUUCUUGGAGUACGCAGCAGAGGGAUCACUAUCCGACUAUGUCGCCAAGAAAGGAGGUCGCCUGAAUGACUUGGCCAUUAGGUCAAUCACAUGCGACAUCCUCAGAGGCCUGGCUCACCUGCACUCCAGGGGCAUCCUUCAUUGCGACGUCAAGGGGAGAAACGUCCUAAUUACCUCCGAUGGCCACGCCAUGCUCGCCGACUUGGGCUCCGCCAUUCCGAUUGGCAAACGCGACAGUGACGACGAGCCAUGCUGCAGGUUGCGAGGCACGCCCGUGUUCAUGGCCCCUGAAGUGGCCCGCGGCCAAGGGCAAGGGCCGCCGGCCGAUGUGUGGGCGUUAGGCUGCACCGUCAUAGAGAUGGCCACCGGCCACGCCCCUUGGCCCGACGUCGUCGACCCCCUCGCGGCUGUUCACCGGAUUGCGUUCUCGCAGGAAGUGCCGGAGAUACCGAACUGGCUCUCUUGCGAGGGGAAAGACUUCCUGACCAAGUGUUUGGCGAGGGACCCCAGAGAGCGGUGGACGGCAGAGCAACUUCUCCAGCACGUGUUCGUGAAUUCCUCCUCAUCGAUAGCCAAAUUGGAGGUAUCCCCAAAGAGCACUCUGAACCAGGCGUUCUGGGAGUCUGUGCCGGACGGCGAUGAGGAAGCCGACGAAUGCCCCGCCACCGAUAAACCGUCUGAGAGGAUCGAUCAGCUGAUCUGCAGUAGCAUUCCUGACUGGACGUGGGAUAACAUUUGGGUAACAAUUAGGAGCAACGACGGAGACGAAACCCAACGCACUGGGGCUGAAACAAUCUCUCAUUCUUUCGAUAAUGAUUCGGCAUAUGAGAAGGGGCUGGUUACUAGUCAUUGUAAUUCAUGUAAAAGCGAGAGUAGUUGCAGUUGCCGCGUUGAUUCCGUUUCAGAAAAGCAUAAGCGGGAAAUCCAAAUUGAGAUUUGGUAUUGGCUCUUUUUUCUGGCAAUUAAUCGCCUCGUCUCGUGUCUUGUCUUUAACCGAGCUGCGGUUUGCUGAGAAUAGGCAGCCGGUGACUCGAUGACAAGGAACUGGCAUCGUGUUAGAGCAUCCAUAAUGCUCUGUUAAAGAGGUGUUAUAACAUUUUUUUUAUGUUAAAAAGGUUAU